CAUCACAGAAAGACCUCUAUUGGUCUGUUAUCAUAAAUCCACCUACAUUUUUCACCAUCUAUUCCGCCACCCACAAACCACCGUCCACCGCCAUCAUGGACCAAAAAGAACACCACAAAAACAAGAAAAAGAAGCAAAAACACAACCACCAAACCUCAGAUUUCUCUUUCAAACCCUCCUCUCAUGUCAAAGGUCUUCGUUUCGGCGGUCAAUUAUUAGUUAAAUCCUUCACCGUCCGCCGUGCCAGACCCCUCGAACUCCUCCGCCUCCUGUCUCUUCCGCCACUCGCCACCCACCACAAACCCUCACCUGGAUUCCAUUCCACCACCGCUUUCCUCCCCACAAACUUCACCAUCUUAGCGCACCAUGCUUGGCACACGCUCACCCUCGGCCUCGGCACCAAGAAGUCCAAGGUGGCUCUGUUCGUUUUCGAAUCGGAAAACAUGAAGGUGGCGGUGGACCGGAUUUGGCCGGCGGAGAUGCCGUUGGGAGAAGUGAACCGGAAGCUGAUCAGGGGUCUGACCGGUUGCGAAAUGGCCCGGUUCAAGUUCAGGAAAGGGUGCAUAACCUUUUAUGUGUAUGCAGUUAGAAGGAUUGGGAGCUUAGGGUUCUCUUGUGGCGAUGAUCUGAGGGUAAUUUUGGAAAUUGUGGUGGCUUUGAACGAUUUCUUGGAUCAUACUGCAAUGCUUGCCAUGCCUAACCAGAGAAGCAUUAAUUUUGCUACCCCUGUUGCCAUGGCUCACUAGGCAUGCAAAAUUACCAUUUUACCCUU